CGCCGACUCUCUCUGGGACACGCGACCAGGACUCUGACAAGUGCAAAACAUCUUCAGGAAUAUAGCAGCUGGCAUGGCAGCAGGUUCUACCAGGAUCGCCAUCAAGGAUGCUCUGAGGAGAACACUAGAAGACCUCAGCCACAAGGAGUUCAAGAACUUCAAGAAACUACUGAAUGAAUGUAGCGGAAUCCCCUGGUCAAAGCUGGAGAACGCUGAUGACUUCGAAACUGUAGAUUUCAUAGUGGAGGCACACACAGAGGCUGAUUCUGGGGAGGUGGUUGUUAAAAUCCUUAAGAACAUGAAGCUCAACCAGAAGGCUAAAGACUUGGAGGAGAAAAUAAAUGCAGGCUCUGCAGGAUCGUCCAGCCCAGAAACCUAUAGGCCUAGAAAACAGAUGGCUGAAGGGUUGGGGAAGGGAUCAGAUGCAGAGACCACUCUACCAGCCAAAACAGCAGGGUCUGAGGUUCUCUGCAGUCUGCACAGUGAGAAACUCAAGCUCUUCUGUCUGGAGGAUAAACAGCCUCUUUGUGUGGUGUGCAGAGAUUCAAGUGUACACAGGGAACACAACUGCUGUCCUAUAGAAGAAGGUGCAAGUCGCAUGAAGGAGGGACUGAAGAAUCAACUGGAACCCUUACAGAAGAUAUUGAAGGGCUUUGAAGAAACAAAAGUCACAUGUGAUGAAACAGCACAACACAUUCAGAUCCAGACACAUAACACGGAGAAGCAGAUUAAGCAGGAGUUUGAGAAGCUUCACCAGUUUCUACGAGAUGAAGAGGCAGCCAGGAUAGCUGCACUGAAGACAGAAGAGGAGCAGAAGAGUCAGAUGAUAAAGAGGAAGAGUGAGAAGAUAAGUAAAGAGAUCUCAUCUCUCUCUGACACAAUCAGAGCAAUAGAGGAAGGGAUGAAAGCUGAUGAUGUCACAUUUUUACAGAACUACAAGAGAACAAUGGAAAGAACCCAGAGCACAGCAGGCAUGGAUUGUGACCAAGAAGUGGACGUGGACUUUUCCUCUCAGAAGAAGACUCUCAGACUAGGACUUCUUAACACUUCAAAAGACUUCUUAACACUGAUGGAGUAAUUAUCAUUAUUGAGGUUUACAAACGUUUUAAAAAGUCUAGAGUCUAAAGUUUAUAGUUUUUAAAAAACUAUUUGAAAUGUGAAAUAAAAAGUGAAGUCGGAAGAGUUU